ACUGGGCCUUGCCGAUCAGUGUGUCUCUCUGCCUGGAGCCUUCUCCAUGUCUCGGCAGAAGCUGUCGGCAGGAGGGUCACUGCCUGCUCAAGCCGCCCGGCCGCCCGAGCACGUGGUGCCAAGGGCCCCUCGGAGAACUCCCAGCUACCUCUCUGACCUCUACCAGAACAUGUUGCGAGAAGAAGAGGCCCGGAACACGGAGAGAAGGCGGUAUCAGCAUGGAGGCAGCAGCACCAGUCUCCCGAGUGUCUCCAUCUCCGAGGAGAUGCAGCAGAAGCAUCCUCAGAGCGCUGCGGUGGCAAGCUGCGACCCGCACCUUAGGCCCAUCAUGCGCCGGCGGGCCAGGUCCUUGCCCAGCUCUCCGGAGAGGAGGAGAAGUAUGAUGGCUCCGUGCCGCGUCCCGGGGUGCAGCACCCGCCGGAACAAAGUCCGCUUUGCCGACGCUCUGGGCCUGGAUCUGGCCGAGGUGAAAGUGUUCCAGGUGGGGGAAGAUCCCUCCAUCCCUCUGCACGUUCUCUCCAGGCUGUCCAUCAAUUCUGACCUUUGCUGCAGCAGGCUGGACCUGGAGUUCACCAUGCAGUGCCUGGUGCCUGACUUCCAGCAGCCUGCGGAUUGCGAGGACUUCCACAGCCGCCUGCAGCGGCAGCUGGUGUGCCUCGAGCGAGUGACCAGCUCAGAUCUGGGUCUGAACGGCACCGUCCAAGUGGUCAACCUGGCCUUUGAGAAGCAGGUGGCUGUGAGAUACACCUUCAACCGUUGGAGGGGUCAGCACGAAGUCAUUGCCCAGUGGCACAGCAGCGUUCCUGGGAAGGAGGGGCAGGCCCAGGCGGAUGUCUUCACUUUCUUCCUCCCCGUGGCGCCGUUCCUCCUCCAGCUGAGCUCAGUGGUUGAGUUUGCAGUGCUGUACCGAGUCAACGGGCAGGAGUACUGGGAUAACAACCGAGGGAAGAACUUCGCCCUCACCUGUCGGAGUCACGAACUCAAGAUGCCCAGGGAAUGCGAAGAGAGCUGGAUUCACUUCAUCUAAGCAAAGCGAGGAGAUGGAAAGAGCUAUUUGCAGUUCUCCGGCCCUGUCCUCCUUUGGCAUUUCUCUCCUUCCAGAGGCACCAAAGAAACCCUUCGGAACGGCACAGAUCCUUCGAAAUAAAAGAGUAACGAGUGAUCGGCACAAAAGCUAUUUAUAGAAGAGAGUUAAAAGGAUAAAGGGCUAUAGCCUACACUGAGUUGCAACCAAAUGCAUAAAUCACGGCAGAAAAGACACUUGUCAGGGAGAGCCAAGCCAAUUUCUUUUAUUGCUUUGAAUCAACUCUUGCAGCA